AUGUUUGAUAUAGAAUUAAAAUAGGAACUUAACAGCAUUAAACUAUAAUAUAAUUCUACUUUAUACAAAGUUGACGGCUUUGAUUACUAAUUAAAUCCGUUUGCCUUUAUCAAGGAUAGUAAUAAAAUUUCAUUAAUUAACCUGAGAGACUUCCAAACUGUAGAAAUAAUUGAUUCUUUCAUUGGAAAUUAAAACAAUGACUGGAUUAAGAAUCAUAACUUGCUUAAUUUCAAAAUUGAAAAUGUUGCUGAAGGAUAGAUCUACGAACUUAUUGAUGUUUAAGAUAAAAGUGAACAGAUGAAAAAUCAAAAUAAGACUGAGAUUAGAAAAAUUUCAAUUAAAAUUCCCUGA